GUUAUUGAAUUUUCUCGCAGAACAUUUGGCCUUAAAUGUUUCAAUAGAAACUGUCAUAAGCUAAUAACAAGUUCUAUAACGAUAGUUUUGUUGUCUAAAAAUACAACAAAAUUAUCUCAGUUUUUCUAUUAGGGGCGGGUGGGGUAAAACAAACAUUUUAUUAUUUAAACUGGUAUCCUAGGAAUGAACACUAGUCAAUGACUGUUUCGGACUACAGAACACCUAUACAAAGGCAAAAAUAUGUUGUUGCAGAUAUUCAAAUUCUGCAGAUCAAAGUGUCAUGCAGCGUUCAAGAAGAAGAAGAACCCAAGAAAGACCAAAUGGACAAAAGCAUACAGAAAAACCGUCGGCAAAGAAUUGGCAGUGGAUCCCGCUUUCGAGUUCGAGAAACGUAGAAAUAUUCCAGUUAAAUACAACCGAGAGUUGUGGAGCAAGACGGUAGAGGCCAUGAAGAAGGUCGAGGGCAUAAGGCAGAAGCGAUCCAACACUCAUAUCAUGCAGAGAUUGAGGAAGGGUCGUGUGCUGGAGCAGGAGAAGGACGUCAAGGAGGUGGAGAGAAAUCUUUCUCUCAUCAGAUCACCAGCUGCUGGCUUGAAGGAGAGGAAGAAGAUGGAGGAGGCAGCCCAGGAUGACGAGAAGAUGGAGGAGUCCGAUGAGGAAAUGGAGGCGGAGGAAAUUGCCAUUGAGAAUUAAUUUAUUCGAUCUUGAUACUAUAACGAUUCACCAUCAAUAGAUAAUUCUCAUAUUAUUGUUGUCUGUGGGUUUAGCGAUUGGAUCGGUGGAAUCCCGGAUGCUCUGAGUUUUUUUUGUAAAUAAACGACUGUUCAAUUUUUAAA